AAAACUGUUGGUAAAAGAAAGAUAAAACAACAACAGCCUGUCAACGGUCGAGCCGUUGUCCAACCGUCAAACCGUUACAGAACGUAAACCGGAGAGGAUAUUUUUGUGGAGCCAACAUGUCUGGAGGAAAGAGCGGCGGAUGGAGGGAAACCUUAUGGGAUCCAGAGAAGAGAGAGUUUCUAGGGCGAACAGGGGACAGUUGGCUUAAGAUAUCCGUGUUCUACGUGAUUUUCUACGCAUUCCUGUGUGGGAUUUUCGUCGCGACCAUUCUGGUUUUGCUGAUGACUUUAAAUAUGUACAAACCCAAAUACCAGGACAGAAUUCUUCCCUCAGGUCUGUCAUUCUCACCCUACGCCCACAACCUUGAGAUCAUUUACAAGACGGACGACCCGUCUUCAUAUGAGGUGUACGUCAAAAACCUGAAGGAGUUUAUUGAGCAAUAUAAUGAUGAGAAACAGACCGACGACAUGAAAUAUGAGGAUUGUGGAACCACCCCGAAGUUAUACACUGAACGCGGCGAACUCGAAAGUAAUACAGGACAGAGGAAAAGUUGCCGCUUCAGCAGAAGGGAGCUUCAAGGCUGCUCUGGGGAAAACGACACCACCUUUGGCUUUAAGGAGGGAAAGCCGUGCCUCAUUGUCAAGCUCAACAGGAUUAUCAAUUUCAGACCAAAACCUCCUUCCAGCAGCGAUUUGCUUCCAGACGAUCUGCAAGGCAAAUCCUUUUAUAACUUCCUCCCCGUUCACUGCACGAAUAGAUGGGCGGAAGACGACGGCCUGAUCGGAGAGAUCAAGUACUUUGGCUUCGCGGGCAACGCCGGUUUCCCUCUCCAGUACUUCCCCUACUACGGCAAAAUGCUGCAUCCCAAUUACCUGCAGCCUCUGGUGGGCAUCAAGUUCACCAACCUCACCAAGAACAGGGAGCUCCGCAUCAAGUGCAAAGUGUACGGGGAAGGCUACACGGCGGAAGGCAUUGAUGGACUAUUUUACGUUCGCGUCACUGUGAAACAGUGACCCCAGACACGAUGAUGGCAAAAAAAAA